UUCCUACGUUGUUACCAAACAAAAAAAAAAACUUGUCUUUCAUCUUUGUUUCUUGCUGCUUGUGUUGAAAACAGACAUCGAAUUUGGUCUGUGACUGAGUCGGUUUUGCAUUUCAAUCACACUGUCUGUGAUUUAACUCACUCAACUGCAUCAUCAUUUCUCUGAUCAAAUCCUUCUUUUCUGCUUCCUGGAUCAUUUCGAACGCUUCCCAUGCCUUCUGUAAAACCCCGAGAUGUUUGUAUUGUUGGUGUUGCACGGACACCAAUGGGUGGUUUACUUGGAACUCUAUCAUCUCUUUCAGCUACAGAGCUAGGCUCAAUUGUUAUUAAGUCUGCUCUCAAGAGGGCAAAUGUGGAUCCAUCACUUGUGCAAGAGGUGUUUUUUGGGAAUGUUCUAAGUGCAAAUUUAGGGCAGGCUCCUGCCAGGCAGGCUGCAUUAGGUGCAGGAAUACCUACAUCUGUAAUCUGCACUACUAUUAACAAGGUGUGUGCUUCAGGAAUGAAAGCUACCAUGCUUGCAGCACAGACCAUAGAAUGGGGUCCCAAUGAUGUUGUUGUGGUUGGUGGCAUGGAAAGCAUGUCAAAUGCACCCAAGUACAUUGCAGAAGCAAGGAAGGGAUCUCGGUUAGGACAUGAUACUAUCAUUGAUGGUAUGCUCAAAGAUGGUCUUUGGGAUGUCUAUAAUGACUUUGGCAUGGGAGUUUGUGCAGAAAUAUGUGCAGAAAAACAUGAUAUUACAAGAGAUGAGCAGGACUCUCAUGCCAUUCAAAGCUUUGAGAGAGGAAUAUCUGCACAAAAGGCUGGUCAUUUUGCUUGGGAGAUAGUUCCGGUUGAAGUUUCCAAUGGAAGAGGAAAGCCUUCCACACUUGUUGAUAAAGAUGAAGGUUUGGGGAAGUUCGAUCCUGCAAGGUUAAGGAAGCUUAGACCAAGCUUUAAAAAGGUUGGGGGUUCUGUAACUGCUGGCAAUGCUUCUAUCAUAAGUGAUGGUGCUGCUGCAUUAGUGCUAGUGAGCGAAGAGAAGGCACGUGAGCUUGGGUUGCAUGUAAUUGCAAAGAUAAAGGGUUAUGCGGAUGCAGCUCAGGCACCUGAAUUAUUUACAACUGCUCCAGCCCUUGCAAUACCAAAAGCUAUAUCAAAUGCUGGUCUUCAGGCUUCUCAAAUUGAUUAUUAUGAGAUAAAUGAAGCUUUUUCUGUUGUGGCUCUUGCAAAUCAGAAGCUUCUUGGUCUUAAUCCUGAAAAAGUUAAUGUACAUGGUGGGGCUGUAUCAUUGGGGCAUCCCUUGGGUUGCAGUGGAGCUCGCAUCUUAGUUACAUUAUUGGGGGUAUUGAGACAGAAGAGUGGGAGGUAUGGUGUUGGUGCUAUCUGCAAUGGAGGAGGAGGUGCAUCUGCUCUUGUCGUUGAGCUCAUGUCAGGUGCCACUUUGAGACGAUCUUCAUUAUGACAUUGAUCCCGUCACAUUUCAUUGCUUUAAAACACCUCUACAACAUGUUGUGAAAGACAAAACAUAUAAUAAGUUAGGUACAGGAAGAAAUAGUAUUAGUUCAGUUUCACAACUGUUUGCAGUCAUGUUUGUUUAUUUAUAUCUUUUGUAAUACCCGGGGUUUGAUUCCUCAUGUAAUGGAUGUAUGGAUUUUGUUGGUAUGACUUAUAAUUUAAUGAUUUUGUCUAUA